ACCUAGCCUAACCUGUAUAGUGUGAUCUGUGUAUUUUUGUACUAUUGUUUCCGUAAAUAACAGAUAGUUUACGUAGAAAGUUAGGCGCAAUAAGUGAGAUGCAACAUGAUAUCCAUUUAAGGCCGUCGACGCUGAUCGAGGUAACAACUGUUGGAUCAACAAUAACGUGACCGUUUCUCGUUAUUGACUGUCACGAUCUAUUGAAAAGUAUGUCUGGUAAGGGGAAGCAAAGCUCGAAGAAAGCUGUCGUCAAGGGACGCGAGUCCGGCAAGACCGCGCAGUCUUCGCUGGUGAAUCACACGGACACCAGCGGGGCGGAAGCUCCUGAACCGAUGAUGUCUCUGACAGUUCUGAAAACAGUCGACAACAGCCGAGACCUGCCAAAAUAUACCGAACUGUUGAAUCGUACAGAAGAGGAGGGUAUACAGAAGGAGGACAUUGAUGCGUUACAGUUGGAGUUGGAGAUGCUUCUGUCCUCGGCCGUCGUACGGUGUCGUACGCUUCAAGAGGAGAUCACCAACUUGUCGUCAGCGGAGGAACGUCGAGACAGACGGUCGAAAAGCGGCAAGAGUCUGUCACUGCUCGACAAGAAAGUGCGCGAGGAGAAGCUCAAGCCGAAGGAGAUCAGUACCAAGAGCCAGUCGCCUCUGCACACGAAACUGUUCAAACAAAAGGCGGUGGGGAACUCGGCGAAUCAGGCAGUGCCGAGCGUACAUGAGAUCGCGAGGAUCGAGGGGACGAAGGACGCCCCGAAGUUGCUCUUGCCGAAGAACGACACGCCUAACAAGUUCUGGGCAUCCGUCGAUCCCUAUUGCACCGACAUCAUGCCUGACGAUAUUAAGCUGCUGGAGGAAUUGAUCGUUACCCAUGGCGACACGAGUGAUUUUAAGAAGAUCCCUCAGCUGGGUCGCCACUACAGUCUGAUGUGGGCGCACAACGAUCUGUUGCAGGAGGAGGACGCGGCCAACCCGAGCAGGGAGAAGAAGAAGAACCGCACGGACGUGUCGCACUUGAUGUCCAAGGGCGACAAGAAGGUCAACAGCAUCGGCCCGCUCACUCAGAGACUGGUCUCGGCGUUCCUCGAGGAGAACGUAUAUAUAGGGAACAAUAACACGGAGAACAAAUUGCUGCGGGACGGGGACUCGACCGUCUUGAGGGACCUGAGCAUACAGAACUCCAUGAACCUGGAGCUGCGGAUGCACAAGGAGUUGGUCGAGCAGGGCAUCCUGGAGCCGGACGCGCAGAAGAAGAAUCAGGAGGACGACGAGAUCCUCGCCGAGAUCAAGCGAUGCCAACAGGAGCUGUCCGCGUUGUCGAGUCACAACGUCACGCAGCUCAAGCGGCUGCUGAACUUGGCGCAGGAGGAGAGCAAGAGGCAAGCGUUGAAACGGAAGAUCAGCGGUGCGGACAACGAGGUGAUAGAGCAUUACAAAAAGUUGACCCUCGCGAAACAGAUGAAAAUGCCGUUGACGAAAAAGGACCAGGACAAGGCGUGGGCGUGUCUUCGUGCGAGGGAAAAUCUCUUGGAGCAGUUGAACGUUACCAAAUAAUAACUCGAGAGAGUUCACUGGCCGUUUGGCUGGCGUUUUUAGCAUAAUUAUAGGAUAUUUCUUACACAGAUACACACAUACACACACAACACACAUCAGCACACGUGUGUGUAGUGCAACCACCACGUGUCGUGGUGCUAUGUACUAGAGAUUCCCGCUUUACCGCAAAGUUACGAUGUCCCAUGUGAUGGUCGUCAAAAAAGUACGACGUCGUAAGUCGUUGAAUGAAUGCUCGUGUUCCAAGAAAUACGUAUAGAUGUAAUGAAAGAAUAAAUGGUAAUUCAGUUUAGGGUAAUCAGCUCAAAUUGCUUUGACCUUGAAAUAUAUUGUCAAAACCAUUGUUCUAAGUAAUAUUCAAAAGAUUUUAGCUGUCGCUCAUUGUUUGUUGAAAAAUUAUAAGCAAAAGAAGUUUCAUAAAUAUGGCCCAGCAAACGCAUAUAACUGUUAGUAUAAUUUCCUACUCAACGCGCGUUAUAUAAUAGUUACAUUAUUGAGUAGGAAAUUAUAAUUAAAAGGUAUGUUGCAUGUUACGUUGUGUUUGUUGGGGAUGUAGUCUUCUGACAAUAUAUAUAUAUAUAUAUAUAUAUAUAUAUAUUAAUUAUUAUAUUAUAUAUAUAUAUAUAUAUAUUAAAAAACAAGUGUAGUGUAGGGAGUUUGAAGAAGCUAUGAAGAAGCGCAGUGUGUGAGUAAAACAGUACACAUAUUGCGCGCGGAGGGUCUUCACCCUCUUGUUUCCUUGUCAAAUGUCACGUUAGAAAAAGCCAAUAGACAUACGAAACGAGAAUUUUAUUCACUACAUUACUAGAUUUACUAGAUUAGGAAACAAAAGGGUAAAGUUAGGUUAGUUUUUACAAAGAGGAGAGACGAAGUCUCUCCUCUUUGGAAGUCCAUAGCAUCUGCGUAAACGUAUGUAUAGUUUUAUUUAUACAUUUCGAUUUUUCAUAAGCCCCCUAUACUACUUAUUUUUUAACGCAUGCAAUGUCGGAAAACAUCGUGUUAUUUAUCAAACCUUUUGUUAUAUAAUAACUUUUUAAUAAACAAGGUCAAGGCCAUCGAAAUUGACUCCUUUAAACUGAAUAAUUACUGAAAAAAGAAUCGCUUGCGUAUUGUGAUAAAAGUUCAUUAACAUAACACGAAUUUAGAAUCUAGAAUCCGCUACACACCAAAUUCGAACAAACGUACGUACAUACAUACGAUAUUUUGUUAGCGCGUACGAUAUUACACAAUUGAUUCUUGGAUGUAUCCGAUGUGUGGAAAAGUUUCAAAUUCGAGAUUUCGAGCAUGAAACCGCGAUUCAUUUUUAUGAAGAAAUCUCGCUCGGGAUAAUGUAUAUCGAUACAUUGACUCAUCCGACCCCUAUGUAUAUAUAUUUAUCAUCGGUAAUACAUUUGAUAUAAAUAACUCAGAGGCCAAUGCAUUACCGAUGAUACAUUCAAUCCGUGAAAAGUGAACAUAAAAGAAUAUAUCAUUGGUUAAAUGAAUAUAUUCUUUUAAUUGUAUCGCGGCUUCUCGAAAAAAAAGAUAACACUUUUCUGCGUUCGCAUGACUGAAUGGAUUCCGCUUCUAAAUUCGAACCCGGCAAUCGACGUACUGAAUUCAUAAAGCUUGCCGCGAAUCACGCACACCAGCAAAUAUCACCACGCGGGAAAAAUCUCGCCUCUUUCCUCGGAAUUCGUUUCGUCAAAACGUCAUUUCUCAUCGCCAGAAUCAAUUACUCGUCAAUAUCUUUCUUUAACGUAGAGUUUUUUAGCGUUAGAAUUUGUGUAAAUAAGAUAUUAGUAUAUAUGUACGUUAUACAGGCAUAUAUAUAUUUUAGGAUUCGCCCCUACGUGUACACAUUAAGAGUUGUGGCUAUAAUGUCUAAGACUAGAUUGGGCUUUUUGGUUCAUAAGCAUAAGUUUGAUCGUUACGUGUCUAUUUUGAACAACGAGAAUGCAACUCUUGAUUACGCUCUAAAGAUAUUCGAGUACAUGUACGAGGGGUGAAGAGAGUUUAAGUACAUCAACGUAAAACCGACGACUUUUUUUUAUGUCACCGACUUUAUCUUAACAUAUUAGCCGUUACAUUCAUAAUCGUUCUUCCGGAGAAUUUACUGAUUAUCAUUAAUUUAAUUGCAAGAUAUCAUGACGAUUCGUACGCGUGUACGAUUUAGACUAAACGCAUUUAAAUAAUUUCGGAUAUAUUAUAGCUGUACAAUAUAUCGCAAUCUGAUAAAUAAAUUAUGUAAGAUUUAUACUUACAAGAGAAAAUCUAGUGAAAAAUAGUGUCCCCUUCCGAUUUCGAUGCGCUUCGGAUAUUGUAGAAGAAACAAGAGUUCGAUCGAAAUAAGAGUUGCGUAUUUCUUAUAUGAAUGUUGAAGCGCAAAUGUGGAGGAUGAAACACCCUUCCGAAAAAAAACUUUUUUUAUUUGGAUAUUGAUCAUUAUUGUUUGGCAUUCGUAAACCACUGGAGGAGGAUCAUUUUGUGACCGAAACGCUAUUGUUACUAUAUUAAUGCUAUCUGUUACUAUACGCAAGUUGCGUCUCAAUAACUGCGGUAGAGCUUUUACUUGCCGUUCCUUUUCGCGUCGAAUUUGGUCUACCAGAGUUAACCGUUAUGCAUUAUAAAACCUAUUCUUUUUAGAUAAUUUACAUGACACGAUAUAUAGAUAGACUUAUACGUGUUUAAUUGUAAGAGGUAUUAGAGAAUAAGAGAAUCGGCAGAAGGAAAUCUCCAAACGAGCGUUUACAAAGAAAUCCACGGUUCCACGACAAAGAUGUUUAUUCGGUAUCACUGUACAGUUUUUUUUUCUCUUCGUCAGGAGUUACCUUAACAACGUGCGUACGCGACGGCACAACAAUGAUGAUGAAUAUCCCUUCGGAUAACAAAGAUCUUCGAAAAAAGUGUAUUAAGUCGCAUUUAGAGAA